UCCCUUUUCCUUUUCUUUCUGUAUCCCCAACUUCAAUCAAGCGCACGAGUGUCGGACGCUCUUCAACGACGUUCAUGCCAUCGCCGCCAGCACACCAUCCCCUCCGGCUCGCGUUCGCACUCACUCUCUCCCUCUCCGCCCUCGGGCCCAGACUCGUCAGAGCCUACUCAUGGCAGUUCGACGGCACACCCACCCAGUGCUCGAAUGUGUCCCUCAGCAUCACAGGCUCGGGCGGCACAGCGCCCUACACCAUGCUCAUGGUCCCGAGCGGUCCGAGUCCGCUGUCCAUCGAAGCCAGGAGAAUUCAGCAGUUUACAUUUGACGGCACGAGUCUCACAUUCGAUGUCAAUUAUCCGGAGAAUUCAGAGUUCAUUGCUGUCGUGAGUGAUGCGUCGGGGUUCGGAUCGGGUGGCACCAGUGCGCCCGUCGCGGUCGCUUCCUCGAGCGACUCCAGUUGUUACGACUCUACGACUGCCGUCAAGGGAGCAUGGACGUUCAGUACCGACGGCACGACAAAUCAGUGUGACACGGUGCGAUUAUGGUGGGAGCAGGAGAAUAUCAAUGGCUCAACAAACUUCCUCGGCGUAAUCCCCCACGGUGACUCCUUCUCCAUCCCCAACGGCACCACCUCCACCAACACCGCAACCGGCACCGGCUUCAACUGGACCGUCAACAUCGCCGCCGGCACCAAUUUCUUCAUCGUCGCCGGUGACGACUCUGGUGCCGGCGCCGGCGGCAGCGGUACCUUCACCGUCGGCUACUCCAGCGACAGCUCCUGCUUAAACUCGGACAGCCCCACCUCGACCACGGGUGAUCCGGCUGGUGGUACUUAUCCCACUAGUACCGACGGCGCCAGCACCGGUGGCGGGAGUGGCAGCAGUGGAAGCGGUAGUGGGAGUGGGAGUGGGGGAGGUGGAGGGAGCGAUGUGGGCGCGAUUGUGGGGGGUGUGGUGGGGGGUGUGGCGGGUCUGAUUGCGAUAUUGCUCGUUUGUCUGUUUUUUGUGAGGAGGCGGAGGUUCCAUCAACAUACGAAGGAACGGCCCGUCGAUCUUACGGAUGAUGCGGAUGGGGACGACGGGAAUGCGCAAGUGCCGCAUUAUUAUGCGCCGGAACCGUUCCUCGUUCCGGAUCCGACGCUCGCCGGUACAACCACAGACGGAGGCCGAUCCUCAACCGAUGGAACAUCACGAUACGGGUAUGGUGUUGGAGCCGGUGCGGGUGCGGCUGCUGCUGGGAGGGCGGCGAGUUCGAGGCCGAGCAGUUUUACGGAGACGGAUCCGCUGAGGCCUGGAACGCCGGGGACGAGUUCGUUUGGAGGGACGGAUGGGGGAGGGAGGAUGAUGAGGAAGAGCCCGUUGCCGCCUAGUAUGAGGCCGGUGAAUAUUAUACAGCAUGAUGAUGCGGGGCCGAGCGUGCCUGGGGAGGAGGGGGCUGGGGAGAACGAGACGAUCGAGUUGCCGCCUGCGUAUACGAAUAUUAGAAAGUAGGUGGGGGAUUCGUGUGCGCUUGGGUGUGCGUGUGGAACAGGGAGGGAGAGGGGGAGGAGGGAGGUGGUGGUGGUGGCGACGGACGCUAUCGCUCAAAAAGUUGUCGUUGUCCUUGUAUACCAUACCAUAUCCGACGAGCCGAGGGACAGUUAGUUUACUUGCGCCUUUCUACUACUUACUUACUGCUAUUACUACGUUCAUUGCAUAUUCUCAUAUUUCUUUUUUUUUUUUUCAGUUCUGAGCCUCGGACUCCCUUCCCUUCACCUUUCGUUUGCACUUUAGCUUUCUUUCUACUUUCUUUGUCAUUCCGUUCUAGCGUUCCAGUUCCAUGGCCAGCAACCCAAUUCACGGCGUGAAUAGUCCGUUCUUUUCGUCCUGUUAUUCUUUUUCUUUUUGAUUGAUCGAUAUCGCUGUCUCUAUUCACAUUUCCAUUUCAAGCUUUCACGUAUUUUGACUCGCCUGAUCCUGACAGCUCGAUGUUGAACGUGUACGAUACCCUACAUUCAUAUUCGUAUUCACUCUUCUUCGCGCCGUCGUUGAGGCUGUUCGUCGUUCACAUAGUUUACACACGUCCUUGUCCUCAUUUGUUGACGCCCCUUUCUGACGCCGUCACCACCCCCGGGCCCCACCCCUACGCUUUACGCACCUCGACGCACGGCGCCACACUUCCUUCCGCCUUCAAGACCUUUUCAAGCCUUUCAAACCCUUCCGAUUCAAACGACCAGUCUCUCGGCGAUACAUAUUCUACGGCCGGAGACACUAACACCAAUCUUCAUCCAUCCAACUUCAUCAUCAUGACUGACUACAAAUAUCAUUACUCCCCUAUAGUCCAAGUCUAUGCCUCCUCCAUGUCUCGCAGUUGCAAUUGCAGUCAACUUUCAAGCCUGGUUAUUUCUUUCUCUUCUUUUAUCGCUUUCUCGAUUCGUCUUUUUUGUUC